AUCUCGAAGAGCAGAGAGCGACGGAGGGGCCAGGGAGAUCUGGAUCUGGAGAGACCGCGCUGGGCAGGGCGGUUCACGGGAGCACUAUCAGCGACUGGGCACUAUUUGAGCUCCGGUUCCACGGAAUCGCGCUCGAUAGCGCGCAGAGGACGGACCGGAGUGGACAAUGGGCGGGCGUUUGACUGCUCUUGGAACCAGCUAACGAGGCAGGCCGAGGGGGAGGGGGGACUGUUGGUAGCUAAUCCGUUGCAUCUGCGCGGGCUCCACCCUCAGCAAGCGCUACCUUCGCCUGCGUUUGCCACGGGGCGGCGACCGACUCCGUGGGCGCAGAGCAGACAAGACGUACAGAGUACUGGGCUACAGGACCGCACGGGGUGUUUCUCAUUCUAG